CUCGUCGUCAUCAUCCACUCUCCCCGCCUGGCCGGCCCCUCCUAUCGCCAGCUCGUGCCCGAUCAGUCGCGGCAGAGCAGGCAGCAGCAGCGUUGCGCGACACCGCUCUCUGCGCUGCAGCGCUCUGCCAUACACGUGCAAGCUGCCGCCGCUGCGAGCCGUGCUCUGCGAACAUCCACCUCCUCGCUGGCCCCGUCGACGCGCACGCGCCGCCGCCAGUGCCGUCCAUCCGCUCCUCACUGUCGCCGUCACGUCUGGCACCCGCGCGUACAGCCAGGCGCCUGUCUCUGAGGCCCUGCCUCACCCGCCUCCGCCAUGGCGACCGUCUCCGCGCCGCCGGCAGACGAUGUCAGCGGCCUGGGCCUGACGAACGGCGCCGGCAGCAGCAGCAGCAGUGGCAGCGGCGCGCCCGGCAAGAACGUGUCUCUGCCGCGGCGUGAUUCUGCGCCGCGGCCACCACCGCCGUUUGCCGGGCCGAGCCAGACGGGCAGCCGCUAUGCGCGGCGCCUGGCCGAGGGCCUGCCGAGCCUCUCGACGCACGAGAUCGACUUCAGCGACGUGGCCGUUGUGCAGGGCUCGCCGCCCUCGUCGCCCGGUCUGCGCCACCACAAGUCGCGCGCCGGCAGCGACUUUCGUGCCGGGCGCAAUGGGCGCAUCAGCGAUGCAGGCCGCGAGGAGGAGACUCUGUCGCCCGGCGAUGGCGGCAGCAUCUCCUGGGCGCCAAGGCCGCCGCGUGAGGAGGGCGGCAUUGUCACCGAGGCGAUUGCGCAGACCGAGCGCGCCGACUCGGCGAAGCACCAGGCCAUCAUGCCAUGGCUGUUCCAGGACGAAGAGUCGCAGGACUCGUACUCGCGGCACGCCCGAACACCAACGACCGGAUCCUACCGCCUGCCGAGCAGCUCGACGAGCGGCGUGGCCAGCAGCGCAUCGCAGUCCACGCUGUCGCUGCGACCAGUGACGCCGCCCGGGCUUCGCAGCCCAAGCAACUUCGCUGUCGCGCAGCAGUUGCCGGCCACUGCAUCGUCUACGAGUCUCGCCUUCUCCACCAGUGGUGCCGUCACGCCGCUGAGUUCCCGCAAGAGCCGCAAUCCUUUCCACUUUUUGCGCAAGAAGAGCUCUGCGGCGCUGCGUGACCCGAUGGAGUUGCCAAGCUCCAGUCCGCCGUCGGUGCGCGUAUACCAAGACCAGCGCAUGGGCAUGGGCUCCUCUGGAACGCUGCCGCGCGCUCCGACGCUGCCGCCGACGCCCGCAGUCGGGUCCAUCUUCCCGCCGCGCUCGGCCAGAGGGUCAGAGGUGACAGCCGUCAGCGUCGAGGAUGAGCUGGCAGAGCUCGAGACGACAGGGCAGGUCACGCCGUCUGGUCUGCGUGCGACAGGUGGCAGCGGCGGCUCCGCCACGACGCCCAAGGAGAAAGCGCCGAGACGCGGACUCCGGCGUCCGAGGACGCGCGACCGCGAUCGCAGCCGCAACCGUGACGACUGGACUGGCGAGGGGGACGGAUCCGGACUCGGCACGCCGUUCGCUACUAGCGGAGACGUCGAGCUGAGCCUUGACAUGAACUUCGAGCACAUCGACGACAUUGUCGACACGUCCAUGCGCCAACGCUCCAUUCCAAAUGCCUCAAACGAUGGCUCCUCGCAGGCAGACGAGCGACCCGACAGUGCCGGCGAUGCCGCGUCGCUGCAGAACGGGCGCAGGCGCUCCACGUCCUUCUCCGCGCUGUCACGCAUGCAGUCAGCCAGAUCGCGAAACGGCUCGAGCUCGCCGGCGCCGCCGGUGGCAGAGCUCCCGCAGAGCAGGCCACAGACUCUGCGGCGCCUCGGCUCGACGCCUUCGCCGCUCGCCAAUGGCAGCUUCACCAUGGCGCCGCAGCACCCGCGAGCAGCGCAGAUCAACGUCACCCAGCAGCCUGGGCUGCGGCGCAUUACAGCAGCGGAGGCGCAGCAGCACCUUGCGUCGCGCCAGCAGAAGAGCGACGGCCUGUCGCCUGGCAGCAGCUCGCCUGCUCUGGGACCCUACUCGUCUCCGCGGCAGAGCUCGGACUUUGCGCCGGACGACUCUGGCGCAUCGACGCAGCGAGCGUCGUCGACUAGCAGCAGCGUGCGCGAGCUGCGCAAGGACAGCGCCACCUCGUCGCUGUCGCAGACGUCUGGCUACUCUGGCGUGUCGCCGAAGACGUCUCUCACGCAUUUGCCUCUCAUGCGGAAGGAGGGCUCGGUGGAGGGUCAGCCGACGGGCACAUGGACGCGCAGUGGGCUCGCAGAUCCGACGUACCGCUUCCCGCCGCCGCUCGACGGCGAAGUGCGCGGCGGCGAGAUUCUCGCUGCGCGCAAGUCAAGUGCAAGCAGCACGAGCCAGGCGGCAUCCACGUGGAUGGCGCCCGACUCGUGGGCGGUGCAACCGGACGGGCUCAGGGACUAUCUGCGCGACGAAGACGGCGAAGGCGCGUCCGACGACGACAACGCAGACAAUGCUCAAGCCACUGGCCUGACGCGCCCCGUGGACCGCCGGGGCUCGGGCGCGACGAGCGGCACUGCAGCAGGCACGCCGACCGGCAUGCGCUCGCCCCGCUCGCCGUCGCUCGAGAGCGGCAUCGCCCACACCGUGCUCGCAGCGCGUAGAGGCACGCACGACUCCAACAUCUCGAGCUACUCGUCGAGCACGCACGAGAGCUCGUUUGCAGGCGCACAUCCGUCGAGAGACGACAUGCACGCGCACGAAGAGGAGACAGACCCAGCGCCUGGCCCGCUGCCCACGCCCUCGACGCCCGCAAGCGUGCACUCCUCUGCGAGACCGAGCUCGCGCGGCGGCGCUGCGCUGGCAGCCGCUGGCGGAGCUGCAGCUGCGGCCGCAGGCAAGCUGGGUCUGCAUCGUCCCCUGCGCCACAAGGCCAGCGCUCGUCCGAACACGGCUGGCUCGAUGGGCGGCCGGUCCAUCGGCUCGCCCAUCGUCGGUCUGCCCGCGGCUCUGACUGAGGACGACCUGGCCGCGCGCUCCGUUCGCGGCAUCAUCAAGCGUCCGAGCACCGUGCAGAGCCAGCAGGUGGCGCGUCCUCACAUCAUGCGCAUCUACAAGCAAGACGGCACGCACGCGACUGUCGCCAUUUCGCUGUAUGCCACGACGGCCGAGCUGCGUACAGUCAUGAUGCGCAAGUGGCCAGUCGGCGGCUCCGGCGCGUUCCGCCUGUUUGUCACGGACAAGGGGCACGAGCGUCCGCUUGGAGAGGGCGAGAAGCCGGCGCUGCUGCAGCGGCGCCGCAUGGUGCAGGCCGGCUACACUGAAGACGACACGCUCGAGGAGCUCGGCGCCGAGGACCUGUCCUACCUGCUCAAAUUCGUCUACCGGCCGGACAGUGUGACAAAGUUUGACUCCGAGUCGUUCGGCAACACGGCGGACCGCUUCCGCUUGCUCGACCUGAAGAACUACAACCUCGAGAUGGUGCCGAUCUUCCUGUACCGGCACGCCGACUGGAUCGGCAGUCUCGACCUGUCGGGCAACCCGAUGUCCGACCUGCCGCUCGACUUUGUGCAGCUCUGCACGAGUCUGCACACGCUGCGCCUCUCGCACCUCGCGCUGAAGCGCAUUCCCGGCAGCGUGCGCCAGAGCGAGACGCUGACGCACCUCGACGUGUCGGACAACCGAAUCCCCGAGCUGAGCCAUAUCGCGCUCGACGAGAUGGCGCACCUGACGUCGCUCAAGGUGCAGAACAACCGCCUCAUGGAGCUGCCGAGCUACUUUGCGCGCAUCCAGACGCUGCGCUAUCUCAACAUCUCGAACAACCGCUUCGAGGUGUUCCCGACGGUGCUCUGCGAGGUCGUGUCGCUGGUCGAGCUCGACGUGUCCUUCAAUGCCAUCUCGGCGCUGCCCGAGGAAAUCGGCAACCUCACGCGCCUCGAGCGCCUGGUGCUCGUCGGCAACUCGCUCGAGACCCUGCCGAGCUCCGUCGGCAAGCUGGUCAACCUGCAGACGGUCGACGUGCGGCGCAACGUGCUGCAGGACGUGUCGGUGCUCUUCUCGCUGCCGCGGCUGCAAGUCCUGCAGUGCGAGCACAAUUCGCUCAAGACGCUCGACGCUGCUGUCGGCCAGCAGCUGCGCAGCCUCGACAUCGGCCACAACCCGCUCAGCCGCGCCACGCUCAGCGCGCUCGAGCCCGGCGCGCUGACAUCGCUGAAUCUGUCCUCGUCGAACAUGUCCAAGCUCGAAGAGGCAGUGUUCCAGCACCUGCCGUCGCUGCAGACGCUCAUCCUCGACCGCAACCAGUUCGUGUCGCUGCCCGACUCGAUCGGCGAGCUGAGCCAGCUCGACUUCCUGUCGUGCACCAGCAACCUGCUCGCCUCGCUGCCUGAGACACUGGGCAAGCUGGGCAAGCUGCGGCGCCUGCAUCUGCACAACAACAACCUCAAGGCGCUCCCAAGCACCAUCUGGCUGUGCUCCUCGCUGUCGUCCAUCAACGUCAGCUCGAACCUGCUCGAGUCGUUCCCCGCUCCGCCGCUUUGUGGCGCAGCAGCGGCCGAGUCGGCGCUGCGCCAGAGCGUCGCCUCGGCUGGAGGUGAUCCAGGGCGCAAGGGCUCGACCUCGUCGCUCGGCCCGCACCCCAACGGCGCGGGCGCACCGGUCACGCCGACUGGCCCGCGAUCUGCGCCGCCGAUGGCGCUGACGCUCAAGAAGCUGCGCAUUGCGGACAACCGCCUCACGGACGACAUCUUCGGCGUGCUCGGCCUGCUGACCGAGCUCGAGGUCCUGAACCUGUCGUUCAACGAGAUCUACGAGAUUCCCAACGGCAGCCUGUCCAAGUUCGCGCAGCUCACCGAGCUCUACCUCAGCGGCAACAACCUGAGCAGCAUCCCGGCCGACGACCUGCCGCGCCUCAAGGACGUGCGCGUGCUGCAUCUCAACGCCAACAAGCUGCAGACGCUGCCCGCCGAGCUCAAGGAGAUGCGCCGCCUCGCCAACCUCGACGUCGGCAACAACACGCUCAAGUACAACAUCACGAACCAGCAGUACGACUGGAACUGGAACUCGAGCCCGGCGCUGCGCUACCUCAACCUCUCGGGCAACAAGCGCCUCGAGAUCAAGGGUGGCGGCGGCGGCGGCCAGCACGGACGCAGCCGGCGCUACGACGCGGCGGCAGCCGACUUCCACCGCAUGACGAACCUGCGCGUGCUCGGUCUCAUGGACGUCACCGUCACGCUGCGCCUCGAGGAGAUGCCCGACGGCAACGAGGACCGCCGCGUGCGCUCGUCCGAGUCGCACAUCAACGGCAUGUCGUACGGCAUUGCCGAUGCGCUCGGCAAGAACGAGAACCUGAGCAUCGUCGAUGCGCUCGUGCCCAAGUUCCGCACGCACGAGAAUGAGGGGCUCUUCGGCCUCUUCGCCGGCCGUCACCACGGCACGAAGGUCAGCAGCCGCCUCGCGCAUCACCUGGCGCAGUGGGCGCACUACCGUGUCCAGUACGAGGUCAAGCACCACGCCGGUGUCGCGGACGACGAGUCGCCAGAGCCGGAGCAGGUGCCGGACAUCUUGCGACGCGCGUUCCUGCGUCUCGAGAAGGACUACGCCGACCUGCUCCUCGCCGACCGGGCCAAGAAGGUGGCCGAGGCGCGCAACAUCGCGGCUCUCGACGAGCGCCGCGCCGAUGCGCCGGCCAUUGCCGAGUCGACGCACCUGAGCCAGUGGCGGGCCGGUGCGUCUGGCGUGCUUGCCUACGUCGUCGAUCGGACGCUGCACAUCGCCAAUGUGGGAGACGCCCUCGCUGUGCUCUCGCGCAACGGCAGCGCGCAGCUCGUCAGCACCAAGCACGAGCCCUUCGACCGCGACGAGACGCAGCGCAUCCGCUCUGCCGAGGGCUGGGUCUCGCUGCGCGGCCACGUCAACGACAAGCUCGACGUCUCGCGCUCGUUCGGCUACUAUCACCUUUCGUCGAUCGUCAACGCUGCACCGGCCGUCACGACCAUUGCGCUGCUCGACUCGGACGAGUUCGUCAUUCUGGCCAACCGCACGCUGUGGGACCACAUUUCCUACCAGACGGCCGUCGACAUCGCGCGCAUGGAGCGCGACGACGUCAUGAUCGCUGCGCAGAAGCUGCGCGACUUUGCCAUCAGCUACGGCGCCGAGGAGAGCAUCAUGGUGAUGGUCGUCGCCGUCGGCGAGCUGUUCUACAACCGCCAGCAGCGCCACGACGCGAUGCCGUUCGACCCAAUGAUGGACGCCUUCAAGAAGGGCAGCCGCAUGCGCGGCGUGCGCGAGGACCUGCCUGGCGACCGCACGCUGGCGCGCCUCGAGCGCGAGGUAGCGCCGCCCAUCGGCCAGGUCGCGCUGGUCUUUACUGACAUCAAGAACUCGACGGCGCUGUGGGAGACCAACGGCGGCAUGCAGUCCGCCAUGCGUCUGCACAACUACCUGCUGCGACGCCAGCUGCGCACCAUCGGCGGCUACGAGGUCAAGACGGAAGGCGACGCGUUCAUGGUCUCGUUCCCGUCCGUCACUGCCGCGCUGCUGUGGUGCUUCACCGUGCAGAUCCAGCUGCUGCGCGAGGACUGGCCGCAGGAGCUGCUCGAGUGCGAGGACGGCAAGGAGGUGUACGACUCGGAGGGCGAGCUCAUCUACCGCGGCCUCUCUGUGCGCAUGGGCAUCCACUGGGGCUUCCCGGUGUGCGAGGCGGAUCCCAUCACUCGCCGCAUGGACUACUUCGGCCCGAUGGUCAACCGUGCCGCACGUAUCAGCAGCGCGGCCGACGGCGGCCAGAUCAUGGCGAGCCGCGACGUCAUCCAGGAGCUCACGGCGCUGCUGGGCUCUUUCGGCACUGACGAGGGGGAGGGCGCCGAGGGCGCUGGCGGCGAGAGCAACGCCGACGAGGACGCACUGCGCUUGCUGCACCCCAACGUCGCGCGCGACGUCGUGCUGCUGCGGCGCAUGGGCUUCGGCAUCUCGUCGGUCGGCGAGCGGCGCCUCAAGGGCCUCGAGACGCCCGAAAUGCUUGAGCUCGUCUACCCUAAGCAGCUCAGCGGGCGCCUGGCGGCCAAGCCCGACGCGCCUGCGCCGCAGGUCUUCGAGCCGAUGAUCCAGCUACUGGACAUCAACGAGAUCAAGCAGCUCGGCAUGCUGUGCCUGCGCCUCGAGGCGCUCUCCAACGGCGAGCUCUUCCCCGGCGUCGAGGAGGCAAUAGUCUCGGCCGCCAACGCUGGCGGCACCGCCAUGAGCAUCACGGGCUCGUCGCUCGGUGCUCCACUGCCCGGCUCGGGCCUGACGACGCCCAACAACGGCCUCGUGCCGGGCGCCUCGCUCGGCGGUCCAGCGCCUGGGUCUGCGGCCGCCGAGCUCGUCGUCGCGAUGGAGCAGCGGCCCAUGUCGAGCCUGCAGCCCGUGCCGGCGCGGCGCAAGGCCGUCGAGAUGCACCUCGCCCUGCGGCCCGAGCUGCUCAUCUACGCCAUCCGCGACGACGCGCCCGACGCCGAGCUCGCCGGCAUCCUGCAGCAGCUCACCUCGCGCAUCGUCAACGCCCUCUCGACGCUCACACUGCGCCACCUCACCGCCUCGGGUGCCUUUGGCAACCUCGACCUGCUGCGCCUCAACGCCCUCUUCCUGCCGCCGCCAUAGCGGCCUGUGCCUCCAUUUCACCAUCUGCCACCGUCACGAUACGGCACGCCGCGCGCCCGAGUGCGCUUUUACAACAGUCACCUCAUUUGCAAAGUGUUCCCUGCCCUUCCUUGCCGCAUGUCCGUUGCUUUUCCUUCCUUUCCCAUGCCUCUUGCUGCACGCGCCUCCUGCCUCCUACUCUACUUGCACACAUCCUGCUCCCUCACGACUCGACGCGCGCAAUGAAAGUCCCGACUACAGUAU